AUGCCCAAAACUAAAGAUCAAAGACUCAAAGUAUCUCAUUCUUUAAGAAAUAAUCUUCUAAACUAUCCAGAAUCAAAAAUAGUUAGAGAGUUGAUUCAAAAUGCAGAAGAUGCUCUAGCUGAUACAUUCAUAAUAAAGGUUGAUGAAGGCUCAUAUCCAAAUAAUGGGUUAUUAAUUUCAAAUGAUAACCAAGAAAUUGAAAGUUCAAAAGAAUUAUUAGGUCCAUCAAUUUUAAUUUAUAAUAAUGCAACUUUUCAUGAACAGGAUUGGGAAGGCAUUUGUGAAAUUAAUCAAGGUAGUAAAAAAGAAAAUUUAAAAAGUGUUGGCAAUUUCGGUUUAGGUUGGAACAGUGUUUAUCAUAUAACAGAUAAUCCAAUUGUUUAUAGUGGUAAUAAUGUUUGGUUUGCAGAUCCAAAUGAAAGAAUUGGUGGUGGUUUAUUCUUUGAUUUGGACGAUGAAGAUGAUUAUAACAAAUGUUUUAGUUUUUUAGAGCCAUUCAUUCAAUUCAAAGAAUCAAAUUGUAACCCAAAAGAAUAUUUUAAUGGUACAAUCAUUCGUCUACCAUUGAGAAUAUAUCCAAGUGAAAUCAAAAAAGCUGUAUUAACAAUGGAUGCCAUAAAGAAAAUUUUAAAUGAAUUUUCAAAAGAUAUCAAUGAAAUAUUGAUUUUCUUAAAGAGUUUAGCAUCAAUUACCAUCAUUGUUAAUAAUCAGAUAGUCAACUCUGUAAAAAUAAAAAAUUAUUCCAAAAUUAAAGAUCAAAGAGAAAAGGUAUCUUUAUUCUUAUCAAAAAUUGUAGAUAAUGAAAUGAACAAUCCAAGUAGUGCUGUAGAAUUAGCUGAAAUUUUAUGCAGUAAUAAAUCACAAUCAAAUUGUGAAUCUACAUUUCAAAUUGAUUUAGAAAUUUAUAGAAAUGGUGUCAGUCAAUUAAUUUCAUACUUGGUUUCGCAAGGUAUCUAUAUUGAUAGGAAAUUAAUUGAAUUAGUUAAAAAGAAUAAAGAAAUCAAACUCAUAUCAUAUGGUGGUGUAGCAGUUCCAAUCAGUUUAGAUAGUUCAAUAAAUUUCAAAGGUAAACCAUUUACAUUUUUACCAAUUGGAGCAUUAGUUUAUGAUAUUCCUUUACAUGUCAAUGGUUACUUUAGAUUAAGUAAUGCAAGAGAUAAUAUCAUUUAUUCGUUAACUGAAGUUGAAGAAGCAUCUGAAUCAUUAUCAAAACAAUGGAAUAAGUUUAUAUCAGAAACUAUUAUUCCUUAUUUCUAUGUUAAAUCGUUGGAAUAUUUAAAAUCAAAUUAUCUUGUCAAACUAUACAAUUAUUUCCCAUACAAAUGUAACAAUGAAAAUUAUCAAGGUCAAAGCCCAGCAUAUGAUAUAUCAAUCACUACAAUGAAAUCAAUUAUCGGUGGUAAAUACUUUUUAAAUUACUUCAAUUCCCAUGAAUAUUUACCAUUGAUAGGUAGUUUAAUCAUUUCAAGUUCAGAUAUACCACCAGAUUUCGUUUUAACCAUCAUUCGUGAACGUAACAUUAAAACAAUCUUUUUAUCAAAUGAAUUAUUAAACCAUUUUAAUAAUUUAAGAAUUUCUUUACUUUGUUAUUCUAAACAAUAUUUAUGUAGUCUAUUAGUUUCAUCACCAUUAAAACAAUACUCUGAAGAUGUUAUCAAUUACAUUUGUUGCACUGAAAUCAUUGAAGGUGGUCAUUUAAAUAUGGUCAAUAUUUUACCAACAAAUUCAAAUAAUAUUACAUUAGAUUGUUUAAAAUCAACUCAAACACUCCCAUAUUUCCCAUGCCAAAAUUACCAUAGUAAUUUCGGCAGCCAUAUUAAUUUUGGCAUGGGACACUCAUAUAUAAAUAUAAAUCAAUUCCUUUACAUGAGUGAUCAAGUCUAUGAUCUCUUAUUCAGGUACCAUGGCCAAAGCUUGACCUUCCAUUUAAAAAUAUCAACAAUGCCACCAAACUUUAGAAAAUUUAUUUCAGCAAUUUGUAGAAAAUAUUGGAAUAUUGGAGAAAUUAAACUUUCAAAUUUUCUCACUAGUCUCAAAUCUUUAAGCAACAAAUUUUUAAAAGAACAUAUAAUAACAGUUUGGGGUUGUAUCGAUGAAUUAGGCAUAAAUGAAACUUUAGAAUUAUCAAAAAUUAGAUCCAUACCUAUUGUUCCAUAUAGAUCGAGUCCAACUCAGACUGAUGUCACUAGUUAUGAUAAAUCUUCAUUGUUAAUGUACAGAUCAAAACUCUUGCCAAUUGAACCAAUAUUAAACAAAUUAAAUAUAUAUAUAAUAGAGGAAGAACAUCAAUUCAAUAAUUUAUUACAUGCAACGGCUUAUAUUUCAAAAUUGUUAAAUUAUCUUAAAAAUGUAGAUUUAUCAUUAGAUUCAGAUGAAAUUGAUAAAUUAAGAAUUUUUUUAGUCGAAUCGAUUCACCAAGCCUCUAUUGCCGAUAUUUCAAUUUUUUAUAAUUUACCAAUUCACCCAUGCAUUGGAAACAGUGAUCAAAAGUUUAGUAGUAUAACUAAUAAUAGCAUAUGUGUGGAUUAUGAAAAAAUUGAUCAAUAUGAAAUUAAAGGAUUGAAAUUAAUAAAGGUUAAUGAAUUAUCAAAAUAUAAAAGAAUUGUCGACUAUAUACCAACAAAACAAAUUUUAAUAGGAGAAAAACAGGUUUAUAGGUAUUAUUUAAUUCAAAAUAUUAGUUCCUUUGAAUUAAAUGUUUCAAUUGAAAUUAUUACAGAAUUUUUAACUCUUUAUGGUAAUCAUUAUAUCAAUGAUGGUGCAUUAAGAAAAUUUAAAUUUAUUCCAUCUGAAAAUGAUGUUUAUUCAACUCCUGAUUCAUUUUAUGUUUUAAGUCAACUCGAAAGGGAUUUAAUAAGAAAUUUCGAACCAUCUAAAAUUUUAAAUCAAUCUUUGGAUGGUUUAACUGGUUAUUUAUCUAAAUUUGGCUUAAAAUUUAAACCAUCAGAUAAACAUAUAUGUUCAAAGGUUAUUGAUUUUCUUUCAAAUCAAGAUUCAAUAGAAACCUAUCAAACUUUUAUGGAUUAUUUAAAUCAAAGAGGUGAGAAUAUUGGUGAUUCAUUAAUUGAUUCUUUCAAAGAUAUCCCAUUUAUUCCAUCCAGUGAAUUCGAUACCUAUGAUGGAUUUGGCUCAAAUGAAUCUAAAAUUUCUUUAUCAGAGUGUGCAUUAUCAAGUUAUAAAGAUUGUUUAUUCACUGUAAAAACUCCAAUUAAAGUAAUCAAAAAUUACAAAAACCCCAUUAACAAAUACCUAUCAUCAAAUUUAAAUGAUAACAUUAUUCAGCAUUUGAUUAAUUUAAAUUCUAUGGAAUUCAAUGAUGAAACAUCAUUCGAUCCAAAUAUAAUUUUCAACAAUACCUAUAAAAGAAUUGAUGAUUUAAUUAAAACUUCCAAACUAAAUGAUGAACAAAAAAAGAAAAUCUCUCAAAUUCAAUUAAUUUGGUUAGAUGGCCAAUUAGUACCAAAAGAAAAAAUAUUUUAUAAUAGUCCAAACCCAAAUUUAGAUUUUAAACCUUACUUUUUUAUCACCAAACCUACACAAGAACAUCUCUUUAAAUUUUUAAAAUUAAAAGAAAUACCAGAUUUAAAUGAUUUCAUUAGAUUAAUCAAAUCUAUUCAAGAUACAUAUGAUAAAGAGAGCUCAAAUUCAAUAGAUUUAUUUGAAUUGGUUAUUUAUUCUCUCCAAAACCCUGCAUUCAAUAAAGAAUUACUUAUUGAUUCAAAAAUAAAAUUACCAACCACUGAUAAUCAAUUUGUUGAAUUUGAAAAAGUAAUUUACAUUGAUCAUUCAUGUUUACCUCAAGAAUUCAUUGAUUUAGGACACAGUGCAUUACAUAAUAAAAUUUCUGAAAACACUGCAUCAAAACUCAGUAUUACAAAACUUUCUCAAUUGAUUCAAAGUCAAGUAGCAUUUGAGAAUUCAUUUGGACAAAAAGAAGAAUUAGUCGAUCGUUUGAAACAAAUUUUACGUGAUUAUAAAGUAGAAGUAUUUUUAAACGAAAUGGUUCAAAAUGCUCAUGAUGCUGGAUCAACAGAAGUAAAAUUAAUUUUAGAUUGUAAUUCUUUAAAACAACAAUUUUUAAAAGAAAAUCCAGAGAUAAGUACACUAUGUAAAGAUCUUCCAUCAUACUUUGAAAGUUCUUUACUUUUUUAUAAUAAUUCAGUUUUUACAGAAAAAGAUAUUAAAAAUGUUCAAGUAAUGUCAGCAUCAAUUAAAAAACAAGAUGAAAAUUCUAUUGGUCAACAUGGUUUAGGUAUUAAUUCUAUGUAUUCAUUCAGUGAUUGUCCAUGUAUAUUAAGUGGUGAAUAUUUGAUGAUUUUCGAUCCAUUCGUAACACAUAUCGGUCAAUCAAUAAACUAUUCACAUGGUGCUAAAUAUAAAAUUUCAGAAUACAAAACAUUUUUAAAAUACUUUAAACCAUUUCAACAUUUACAAUCAAUUUUAGGUUUUGAUUUAGAUGAUGGUAAAUUUAAUGGAACAAUCAUUCGUUUACCACUUCGUAAAACAUUAAAUGAUGAUCGUUUUAUUAGUCCACAGAAAUGGAACGAAGUAAAUGUUUUAGAUUAUUUAAAAAGAGUAAAAGCAAGUAAUUUAGAAAAUUUAAUGUUUUUCACCAACAUAGAUUCUUUAGAGGUUUCAAUAUUACCAGUGGGAAGUAAAAAAUUAGAACAACAAAUUUCAAUUCAUAAAGAAUCAAGUUUAUCAUUAAUUACAAACCAAUAUAAUAAUUUAAUGAAUAUUCCAACACAAGCAUCAGAAUAUACAUUCACUAUUAUUCCAUCAGAGAAAUCAAAGAUAACUGAAAAAUAUAUUAUAGGUCAAGUAAUUGAAGAAGAUUUCAAAGAUCUAUCAGAAUAUCCAGAUAAUAAAGCAUUGAAAUUUUUAUCAAUCUAUAAUAAUGAAAAAAGAAAACCAGUUGGAGGUGUCGCAUUUAAAUUAAUAGAUUUCUCACUUCCUGAAUACAAUUUCACACCAAAAUCAUUUUGUUUCUUGCCAUAUAAAGAUUUAAUUUCAAAUAUUCCAGUUCACAUUCAUGCAAACUUUUCAACAACAAGUUCACGUGAUAUUUUAGAAAAUGUCAAAUCUUCAAAUUUAUAUAAUAUUGAAGAGAUACUCUCUAAAAAGGAUAAUCAAGUAAUACAAACAGAUAGUUUACAACUUUGUUGGAAUCAAUUAAUUGUAACUGAAAUUAUAGCACCACUCUACAUUAAUACAUUAACUCUUUUCAAAAACAAAUAUAUUAAAGGUAAUGAUAUAGAUAUAAUUUCAAAAUAUCAUGAUUUCUAUUACUCUCGUUUCCCAGUAUUAAGUGAUUCGUUGUCAAAUCAUUCAAUUCUCGAAAUGUUAGCAAAUAAGUUUUACUCAUUAUUAGAUUCAGAUGUAUUCAUCCAUUACCCUGGGGUUGAAAUUAAAAAGAAUCAUAAAGAUACAUUUUAUGCAGAGUUGAGUUUUUUAUCAAAUUCUUGUUCAGUUUCAAUACUAAAGUGUAUUAGUCACAUUGGUUUCAAUGUUAAGGUUAUUCCGUUUAAAAUUUUUUUUAGUUUUAAGUCACUACCAAACUGGUUAACAGAAUAUACAAUAUCAAUGGCCUUGAAAGGAGAGGAUUUAAAUCCUCAAGUAAUAAAUACUCAAGAUAUUGCAAAUUUAAUAUUAUAUCUCUCAAAAAUGCCAGAAUAUCUAGAUAACUGCCAAGUAUUGAUUUUCAAUGAUAAAACAAGGGAUUUUCUAAAUAUUGAAAACAAAAUAAUAAACCAACUAUAUAACCAAACUCAUUAUGAAAUGACUCAAGAUGUUUUAGAUUUAAAAUUCAUUGAUAGAGAACUUACCGAUAUUAUCAAAAUGCUUUUAGAUCCUCUCAUUUUGGAUUCACUUAAAACGAUUAACAUCUUUGAUUUCAACUAUGUUGAUUUUUAUUUCCACUAUCUCUUACCAAAUUUCAAUAUAUUAUCAGCUGAAAAAAAUAUUUCAUUUUUAAACAAAUUAUUGGAAUGCUUUACAUUUGAAAAGAACUCUGAUUUUAAAUCAAUCAACCAUCCUCUAAUAUCUAAAGAAAGAAUUAAAAUACUAAAAGGUUCAAAAGUUUUUCCUUUUGUUAAAAACGGUAUUCGAGAGUUUACUUUAAUUUCAAAAUUAUUCAAUCCAACAUUUAAACAACAUGAUUUCAUAUUAGAUUAUCCAGAUUUAUAUCAUUCAAAAGAAAAUAUUGAAAUAUUUAGAUAUUUAGGUAUCAGAGAUAAAUUAAAGAAAAACGAUAUUGUAAAUCAAUUCAAAAAGAUCUCAUCAGAAGUUUAUAGUGAAAAUACACCUUUGAGCAUUUUAAUUGAAAGAGCACGUCUAUUAUGGAAAUCAGAAAAAUGUGUCAAAGUAUUUAAUGAAUUGUUAGAAUUAAAUAUUGUACCAGUCAAAGAAAGUAAUAUCAUUGGCAGUAGAAAAAUAUCAUUAGGAUUGAUGCCAACUACCGAAGUAUGCCAACAUCGCUAUGAAGAUCUUUAUUUUUCAGUAAAACUACUUCAAGAUGUAGAUAUUAAAUACCCACCAGGAUAUAAUCAAAUUGAUUGUGAAAAAAUAUUUGAAAAUUUCGUUAAUCUUCUUACAAACAUCAGAGAUUGGAAAUUGAUUCAAGUAAAUGGUAAUUUAGUUACAGACCCCAAAAUCAUACAAAUGUUAAUAUCGAUGUGUAGUCAUUUGGAAAACUAUACAGGAAAUUUCUCAUCAGAACUUGUAGAAAGAAUUCAACGUAUCCCAGUAUUAAACUCUACAAUAUCUAUUGAAUUUACAAAUAUAGUCAUGGGAACUGAUGCAAAUAAUUUGAAACCAUUUUUCAAUAUUUUACCUCCAAAUUUUUCAACUUUUAGACAUUUUUUCAGUAAAAUUGGUGUAAUAGAAUUAAAUCUAAACACAAUUGUAAUGGGAUUAAAUAGAUUUUUACAUGAUGAGAUUAAUACUACCGAAGGAAUUAGAUCGUUAAACUAUCUUUAUGAAUUAUUAUUUAGUUUUGGUAGAGAAUUGGAAACAUUUAAAAAUGAACACUCACCAUUACCAGUUUUCACUAAAAAAGGAUUUAUAAAACCAUCGAAUCAAGUUUAUUUAUUCGAUGGUGUACCCAUUAAAAGAAUUAAUACUACAUCGUUUUAUGAAAUCCAUGAUUCAAUUAGAGAUAAUUAUGAACAAUUGGGUGUUUUACAAUUAUCUUCAGUUUUAAGAGAAGAAUUAGACAAUGAACUCACCAACCUUGAAAAUGAAGAUUUGGAGAAUUCAAUUGGAAAGUUUUUAAAUACCCUUAUCAAAGAAAAUCAAGAAUUUAUUUCAAGAGUAAAUCAUCUUCAGUUAAGCGGAAUCUUGAAUAUUACAGUUAAAACAGGAUAUAUUAGAACUAAAUUCAUUUUUAAUCGAAAAGAUAUCACUAAAACCUCAAAAACCAAAUGCUUUUAUGAUCAUUUAAAUUCAACUCUUUAUAUAGGCAUAGAAAAAGGUAUUACCAUAAGUAAAGCAUUCAAAUACCUAUUUAACUCCACUGGUUUGAAUGUAAACCCCUCAAUGGUAUCAAAUCUAAAAAGAGAGUUUGUUAAUGAUGAACCAACUGAUGAUAAUUUAUUCUUGACUCUAAACGUUGUUAAUUUUGUUGAUGUUAACCAAACAAAAAUCCAAAAAAAUCAAUGUAGACACUACAACACCAUUGCAUUAAGAAAUUUUCAACUUGCUGAUACUUUACUCAACAAUCAAUCAUUUAUAAGAGAAGCCUCAUACCAUUACUAUGUUUCAACAGAAAUGUCAAUGAGAAGUCUUUUGGUUUUUAAUUAUAAUGAUAUCCCCUAUGCUUUUUCAAUUACUCGUUUAAGAGGUUUAUUAUCUAGAAUAAGUAUUACAACUGAAACCAUACCACAGAUUCCAGAUCUUUACAAUAAUUACAGACACACUCAUUUAAAAAAUGAAGAAAUCAAUCGUAGGGAACUAUUAAGAUUUCGUUCAAUUUCAAAUCAAUUAUUAAACAUCUCUAAUCAAAAACUAAAUGAAAAUAUAUAA